GAGCCUCGCCCUGUCGCCCAGGCUGGAAUGCAAUGGCAAGAUCUCGGCUCACUGCAACUUCUGCCUCCCGGGUUCAAGCGAUUCUCCUGCCUCAGCCUCCAGAGUACCUGUAAUUACAGGCACGCACCAUCAUGUCAGGCUAAUUUUUUGUAUCUUUAGUAGAGACAGGGUUUCACCAUGUUGGUCAGGCUGGUCUCAAACUCCUGACCUCGUGAUCUGCCCUCCUUGGUGUCCCAAAGUGCUAGGAUUACAGGCGUGAGCCACCACGCCUGGCCAAUCAUAACUUCUAAUUGCAUAAUGUAAAGCAAAUAUUUAACCUCUUCAAAUCUUGAUGCUCCCCUCUACAAAAUGGGCACACGGCUGCACAGGUAGAGUUGAGGACCUGUGGUUUACACUUGAGCAACUAGUGAACAUUCAGGAGAUCAUAGCCUUCUGCUGCAUUUGUUAGUUUAGUCACUGUUAUCAUGAAGUUUCAUUAUUGUCAGUAAUACCCUUUCAGAAUGAUGCAUACCUAUUCCCAAAGUGUUUUUAGAUCUUUUAUUUUGUUGUUCAAGUCAGUUCCAGUAAAUGCCAGAGACUUGCAUAACAAAGACCUCUCCUACAUCUUUCACUCAGGGCCAAAUCUGACAUCUCACAAGCUCCCCAUUGCAACAACUGCAGAAUUCAUGUGUUUUCAUGUUUUUCACAAUGAGCACUAUGACCAUUAAUCUCACCCAUUGUGUAAGCUCUUAAACUCAAGAACACAUAGAGAUGUUCUCUUAUCUGUCACAAUACAUACAAAAACUGAAGCCUGAUCUUGGCUAUUCACAAAUAUCUCCCUUCUGGAUCUACAUUAUGAAUCAUUUCUUUUGUGACCGAUUGGUUCAUUUCUUCGCCCCUGACUGCUGGUUCCCAUGCAUAACUCACUCAUUCCUACCUCUGAGCUGUGUAACAGGCCAUCCAUCCACCUUUACCACUCAAAUUUAACAGUGUGCUGUAGUGCUUGAAGAUGGGCUCUAGAGCUUAACAGAACCAGAUUCCACUCCUGGCUGCAUCGUUGACUGGCUGGAAAUGUUGGACAAUGCACUUACCCUUUCUGAGCUUUAAUUUUCUCAUCUGUCAAAUGUAACUGGAUAAGAGUGACUUCAGACUUCACGUGACGCCGGUGCCGGGCGAACAUGGCAGCGGCCACUGGACCCUCGUUUUGGCUGGGGAAGGAAACCCUGAAGGUGCCGCUGGCGCUGUUUGCCUUGAACCGGCAGCGCUGGUGUGAGCGGCUGCGGAAGAACCCUGCUGUGCAUGCCGGCUCAGUGGUGGUCCUGCAGGGCGGGGAGGAGACUCAGCGCUACUGUACCUACACCGGAGUCCUCUUCCGCCAGGAGUCCUUCUUUCACUGGGCGUUUGGUGUCACCGAGCCAGGCUGCUACAGCGUCAUCGACGCUGACACUGGAAAGUCGGCCCUGUUUGUGCCCAGGCUUCCUGCCAGCCAUGCCACCUGGAUGAGAAAGAUCCAUUCCAAGGAGCACUUCAAGAAGUAUGCAGUGGACGACGUCCAGGAAACAGAUGAGAUUGCCAGUGUCCUGGCGUCACAGAAGCCCUCUGUCCUCCUCACUUUGCGUGGCGUCAACACGGACAGCAGCAGCGUCUGCAGGGAGGCCUCCUUCGAGGGCAUCAGCAAGUUCAAAGUCAACAACACCAUUCUUCACCCAGAGAUCGUUGAGUGGCGAGUGUUGGAGACGAACGUGGAGCUGGAGGUUCUGUGCUACACCAAUAAAAUCUCCAGUGAGGCCCACCGUGAGGAAAUCUUAAAACUUAAAGACAAAGAAGUAAUGUCUUCAAGAUUCAGAGAAAUAAUCGGUUUCCACAUAUAAUUCUCUACACAAGCACAUACGCAUGUACACACAUGCUAUUAAUCACAUAAGAGGGUAGAAUAAAAAUGUUUUCAGAUACGUGAAAUACUGUCUCAAGAAAUUUAAUGGUCAAGCACCCCUCUUAACAAGUGCCUGGAAAAUAUAUUCUACAAAAUGAGAAAGGAGCCCAAGACAGAGGAUCCAGGAAAUAGAGGAUCUCACACAGGAAGUGGAAGAAAUUCCAGUAUGAAGUUAGGGAAGUCGCAGGAUGUUCCCUGGUCAUCAAGUCUAGAGACCUGUCAAGAUUGGCACAACAGAAUAGAAAGUUCCAACAGGGGUAACUCCAU